GACACCCGCUCACUGCAGAAGCGAGCCAACGUGGGUGGUCAUGCUUCUUACAUGUAGUAAAUGGUGUAACUACAGCUUUUCAUGCCUACAUUAAUAUAGUAAUUUAAAGAGCCAAAAUGGCGGACUCCAAGGAGGUGAAGCUGAACUUUAUCCUGAAAGAGCUGACUCUUUCCUCUCAGCCUGAAGCUGUCGAUGUUCCCGGCAGCUCGUCCAGUGUGGAGCUGCGGGACAACAAACUGGUGUGUGUGGAGUAUCCGGCGGUGGUCGCCAGUGUGGACAAGAUGCUGCAGACUCUCGGGGGUGAAAAGGCAGUGUCCAAAACCUAUGCUCACCCCAACAGGCGCCUCGAGAUGCGCUACCGACCUCAGGACCCUUUCUGUCACUCUCUGUGUGGAAACCGCUUCCCAUCAAGCAACCUUGUCCUCAGAGUGCGCCGACGGGUGCGGAAAAAGGACCCCAAGGACGCUGAGAUCCACAUGGAUAUCCUCGGAGUCAUAGGAACGACAUACAAAUUCCAGGGGAUGGCAGACUUUCAGUACCUCGCUGUGAAUUCAGAAGGAGAAAAAGAGACGUCUUUGUAUGACAAAAUCAUCCUCCGCAAAUCAGAGAAUCAGGAGUUCUUUGAGAAGCCCAUGCCCUUCUUUCUUCCUCCCGCCAGCUUCUCACGCCUCGACAGUCCUGUGGAUUAUUAUUACCGGCAUGACCAUGUCUAUCAAAAGUCACUCCAGGAGCCCCUCAGCAGCAAGAACUUCAUUGGUUGGAGUCGAGCUCGUCGGCCCCACAAUGCCAUUUUUGUCAGCUUCACUGAUCCCACCGUGCCCACAGAGUGCCUCGAGCCAGCCAAGAUCAAUUGGGAGAGAGUCUGUGUGAAGGAGAACGAAAAGCAGGCUGAAGAACAGCUGAAGAAGAUGUUUGAGAGUCGGCCCAUCUGGUCCCGGAACGCAGUCAAGGCCAACAUCAACAUCCACCCUGAUAAACUGAAGCUGCUGCUGCCCGUCUUCGCCUACUACAUGGUGACAGGACCAUGGAGAAGUCUGUGGGUGCGGCUGGGCUACGACCCCCGAAAGACCAAAGAGUCCAAGAAGUACCAGUUACUGGACUUCAGGAUCCGCUGUAGCACCAAGCACGGAUAUUCAUUUUCUGAUAUGCCAGUGAAGGCCAAGAGGAGCGCCCUUAACUACAGUCUGCCCAUCACAUUCAACAAAACAGUUUCCCAGGCAGCAAGCGUGAUGGAACUUUCAGCUCAGGAAGGUCCAAGUACCAGUCGAGAUCCAGUCCCAGUCUCGUACCAGCUGAAGGAGUCAUCCUACAUCUUCAGAGAAGGCAUGCUGCCUCCUCACAGACAGAUGUUUUACCAGCUCUGUGAUUUGGAUGUGGAAAGUAUCAAACAGGUGAUCGAACAGAUGGGUGAUGAUGAGCAGCCGUGUGACGAGCGGGACGGCUGGUGUGUUCUUGGCACCACCGACAAGCUGAGGGACAUGAUCUCAGCCAUGAUCAAGAAGGUCAUCCGAAUCCAGAAGCCACCAUUGCCGGAUUAUCCCAAGAAACGCAGACGCAUCGGCCUGACUGCAAAAUUCCCAGGGAGAGAUUCGGAUACAGAGGAAGAGGUGCAGGAUGAUGAGAACAAGGACGAUGAGGGUGAUGAAGAUGAGGAUGAUGAGUUUCAGCCGUCGGAGGGAAGUGAAAAUGAGAUGGAGACAGAGAUUCUGGACUACAUGUAACAACCGAAAACCAUUUUGAUGACAUUCAUCUUGAAUCUGUUAAUAUGUUUCUAGAUUCUGUAAAAGUUUUGAGGCAAAUGUAAAUAAAAAAGUAUUUCUAGUUGUUUAUGUA